UAUAUUCGGUCACUGAGCUGUGCCCCUAGCCUUCAUGUUUCUUUUACAUAAUUGGAAGGAAGACUAAAUAAGGGUGGUAUAAGAGAAUAUGUCUGACAUGUCCUUUAAAUUUUUUAAGCUGCCUCCAGGAAGCACUCCUGUAUCAUCCCCUAAGCAUGGUUACCCUCUCCUCUCUCAACCUUUAAAAUCCGUAUUGUAGCUGUGUAUGUUCCUGAGGGCUCAGGACCUUAGGAAAGGUGUUACUAGGACUGGUCACAGCGAGGCCAUUGUCCAGCUGCAAUGAACAUCAUUGGACUCUGCUGCUCCUUAUUAUCCAGAAGCAAGCAUUCUACAAGGAGAAGGCAAACAUAAAAAAAAAUGGCCAGUGCUAUUCAUUGUCAAGGUAUAAAUACAGGAGGGUGCUGGUACCAUCUCCUCUUAGUUACAUAGUUCCUUAAGUUCUAUUGUGCUGUUCUUGCUGAUUUUUUUUCACUUAUACUUUAUUAAUACAACUAAUAGAAGGAAAAAAAACAACUGAUAAAAACAGUGUUCAUGAGCUCUUUGUGAGGCUGUUUGGUUUUGGGGGGAACUAUAAAAACAAUUCUAAAGUCUAAGAUACUUUAUAUUCUAAAAAUAGGAGUUCCAUUUAUAUUAAGUAAAAAUUAAACUACAUUUUCAUUCAGAGUGAAGUGUUUUUAAAAAUAGAAGUAUUUGUAGUGUUAAAGUAUGACUUUGUAACUAUAUGUCAUAGAAGAGUUGAAGCCAGGCAUAAUGGCCCACACCUAAAAUCCUAGCAGUGGGGAGUCUGAAGCAGUAGGAUUGCUGUGAGUUUCAGACUGUCCUGGGCCAAAUAGUGAGUUCUAGCCCAGUCUGGGCUUAAAAAGGAGAUUCUGUUUCAACAAAUAAACUUGAGGUUAGUAUAUUUGUUAUGUUAGAAUUAAGAAAAUUUGGAAAGUUGCCUUUUAUUUAUGCUAGAAUCUUUUAUGUACCUCAUUUCUAUAAAUUUCAAUAUUAUGUGUAUUCAUAGAUCAAACCCUUCAUCAUCACCCUCAUUUGGCUUAAGAUUUAAGCUGGCAUACGUGAGUUGCAUAGAGUACAUUUCUUGUGCAGAACACAAACAGCUAGCCAGGCUCUGAGUAUAUUAUCAGGGCAGUUCUUUCAGAAACGUAUUGCUAAAGAAGCUUAACAUUAAUUAUUGUAACUUUGGGAAGAUUACAUCCACACUAGCCUUGUAAGAAGCAGCAUACACUUCUUGACCUCCAAUGCUAGAGCUUUAAGACACAGAAUGGCAUUUUACCAACUUUAAUGGGAUAAACCAGUAUAAUCUUGCAGCAGUAAGGAGAGAGGCAGUGUUUAGAGUGUAAUACCGUCUGACUCUAAUAGAGGCUGCCUGGUGUGAGUGUUGCAAUCAUAAUUCAUUUGUUUUUUUUUUUGUCUUGGUUUCUGUUUUAAUUAUUUAAGGGGGAAAGUGCCUUUAUUUAAAAACAAACAAACAAACAAACAACCUAGCAGGUUGCUUAUUGACCUUUUUGUCUCAGCUGUUAGUUCUAUGUAAGCCUCCUUCUUUCUUGUGGGGUAGAAAGAGAGACAGCUAUAAACAGAUACACCACUAGUGAAUACCUAGCACAGUUUUGAGAGCUCUAAAACACAGUGCAAAGGUGUGAUGUAAAUCUGGACAUGCCUUUUUAGUGUAGUUUCUUAUUUCCCACUUAUAAUCCCUUCCAUAUCACAAGCAGUAUGAGGCCAGCAGAUAGGCCUCCAGCCUGUCCAUAUUCUACAUUGCUUGUGAAUACCAUAGUCAUUUAUCCAAAUAAAUAUAAAGCGUAUAUUAUGUUUCCUCCACGUGGCCUUAAUUUAAGAGCAUAUUGAUUUUUUUUUAUUUAGAACUAUUCAUUCUAAAAUAGAGAAAUUCGGCAUGUCUCCAUUGAUUUAAUUUAGUACAUGAGAUUGUUGGAUUAUGGUUCAUUUUAAUAAGUACAUUAAAAAAAUACAUCUAACAUUCUUAAUUAGAAUAAUCUCCAAAGCCAGUUAAAUGUUUUAGAAGACAAACGGUUUAAUUAGCUACCCUCAAAGGUUCCCUUCCCCCAUAUGUGCAGUGGUCAUAAGCUUGGUGUGGGCUUUUCAAGCCGCCUUCAACAAUUGGAUGAAAAGGGAUUUUAGGCAGAUUAGAGGGGUGAUGCUUUAUAUGUUGUUCCUAAUCACGAGAUAUGCAGCACCUACAAAGUUUCACAAAGAAGUGAAAAUUUCAAUAAAUUUUCCUUUGACAAUAUAGCUAGCACAAAUUAUAAACCAAUGCAUCUAGUGAUAAGAUGACUUAAUAAUUGUAUUCUUUUAAUUGUGGACAGAAGCGAAACCAGUGCAUGCUGGGUGGAUGAACAAGUGAUGUGGCAGAUUAACAUUGUAACAAGGGUCAAGGCUGCUCCCAGAAACCAUGCCUUUGUCAUGCUCUGCCAUGGUGCCAGUACGAUUUUGGAAAUAAACUGGGAGAGUUGAAACAGAACUGUUUAAUUCAAGUCUUAAUUUUUUUCUUUCUUCUACUUUGUUUCUUGUUCUUGUUUACUGUAUUCCUUUUCAAAGCAACAUUAUAAAGGUGUAAAUGGGGGGUUUUUCCUUUUGACUUUUACAAAUCAGCUUCAGAAUUGGAGGCUUUUGGUACUGUGUAAGGAGGAAAGAUUGCUCCUGCAUCCAGAAGGGCCCCCUCCCCCUCGUUGGCUUUCUGUUGCUUAGCUUUUAGUAUGUCCCCAAGUAAAUAUUAUUUGUAGAUAUAAAUUUUUAAAUUAUAACUGGAUAGCAAAUUGUUAAAUAAACCAGAAAUAAAAUAUAUAAGGAUAACUGGAAAGAUUAAGUUCACAGCUACAUGUUAGCUAUUUAAUUAUGUGAAAUUCUGAGCCCCAUUAGAAUAGUAAACCCAUAAAACCAAAAAAUUAUUUUUCUCCUUCUACAUAAAAUACAUGUAAGGUAGCAUUUGAAGUUCAGAUAGCUUAAUUGAGUUUGAAGGGGAAAGGUCACUUAAUUGGUCUAUUGAAAUGUUAACAGAAACUGAUAUACCAUCAAAUGGACUUUAAUGACAGCAGUGGUGCAGCAAUGUCUGUAUUCACUUGCAAAAUUGUUAAUUAGGACACUUUGGUAAUUCAUUUGUUUUGUAUUGAUGUGCUUCAUCCAAUGAGAAAAUCAAUUUUAUACAAGAAAUUUACAAGGCAUGCUCUAAGUCCCAACAUUAUUUAAUUCUCAAGUGAGUACUAUUAUAGUUUAAAGCUCACAUGUAUUUUUGCAGUUGAAAACCUUUCUGUUUCUCUUCUGGACAGAAUGCCGUGUCUGUCCCCGCUUCAUCCCUUCUGAGAUCACAGUCAGGGCCUCACACUAGGUGACUGUUCUCUAACCAAGAGGCAGCCCCAGCAUCAGCAGCUUUCCCCCACCCCACCCCACCCCACCCCCGUUUCAUAACAUCUUGACAAAAUUAUAACACCCAGUGAAAAUGUCUGAAUUUUGAGUUCAUCUGAAACUUUGCAUAGUUGAGUAAGCCUAAGAUACUACUGUCAUUGUUUCUACAAACUAAAUGGGAAAAGGGGGUUGGGGGGGAUCAGGUAGGUGUGGUGGGACACUAACUCUCCCCUCUAGAUCAGGGUAUAAACCAUUCCAGUGAUGUGGUGACUCAACAUAAACACUGAGAAAAACUGCUAAGAUUAUUUUAAGGAAUUUCAAAAUCAUUCACUCAAUCAUGUAAGAUUCAUUUAUUAUAAAGUUCUAGCAGUAAGUUUUGGCACUAUGUAUUCUGUGUAUGCGUAAUGUGAUUUGUACUAAUUACUUCCUAGAGCAGCUGUGUGUACAAUAAGGGAAGCUUAAGACCCAACUUCUAACCACAGAUUUCUAAUACACUUUGUUUUGCACGCUUACUACCACAUAAUUAUGAAUGCUUGCAGCUAUGCAGAGUCUUACCAGCCAUGGGCCAGAUCUUUACUGUCACCCUGCAGUCAUCAAAGAGGUUGGUUUGUCCAAUGCUGUAAAAAGAACUUGAACCUUCUAGCCUAGGUCUGUUCUAGCUAUGGUGCCACACACUUUUAAGAAAGAAAAAGAAAGCCUCAGCCCCUACAUACUUCAGUCUAUCUAAAAAUGCACUGAAGCCUGAGCUCUGGGAAGAUAGAUGCUCAGCAAGCGCGUCUGAAGCCUGGGCUUGUUUCUCAGUGCAGGAGAAAAGAAGUACAUACGUAUAUUUAUGAGUAUAUGUUGAAUUAUCCGUUGUCAUGUAUUAUAGCUAAGCAAAUUUGUAUUCUGAAUCUCCUAAAUUCAUAUUCUAACACAUAAAAUAAACUAUUUACAGUUUAGACUCUAAGUAUUUGAGAAUGUAAAAUAUUAUAUGUAUGGUAUAUAUAUAUAUAUAUAUAUAUAUAUAUAUAUAUAUAUAUAUACGUAUACAUAUAUAUUUUUUAACUUUCUGUCGGAAAAGAAGUUGUUGUGAGUCAGAUUGUGAAUCAAUUUUCACUUUGUGAUAAUAAAUCUCUUAGGUUCUAGUGGUUUCUGCUUUUAAGUAGUUGUCCGUGUACUGUUAAUGUUUAUGGAAAGAAAUUGCUAGUUUUAGACCAUGAAAAUCCAAGGUACAUUGUACUGUGCUUUAAGUCUUUAGUUAAACUUUAUGCAUCUUGAUUUUUUUUUCCACAUUUCAAACUCUAUAUGUACAUGGUACUUAUUUAGCUUGCUACAAUAAUCAAAGUUCUAGAACAUUUCAUUGUGGUGGUAUGCAAAUGUAUUUACAUAGCAAUAAGCCUAGGUUUCCUUAAAGAGGACAACAGAGCUAAAAACUGAGACUAACGAAUGAAUGAAAGUCUCUCUAAAUCCACCGAAUAAUGGAGGCGGUGUUAAGGCUAACCACAGUGUUGAACUAAACAGAGGGAUUACUCCUGGGCUCUGCAUCCGUUGUUUUCUGCAGGGUGGCCUCACUUGUCAAAAAGAGAAAGAGAGAGAGAGAGACAGAGAAGGAGUUUAACAGACAAACAUUCACAUGGGCACAUGAAGAAAAGAAGUAUUCUUAAUUCCAUCAAAGCUUAAAAAAAAAUCAAUCAUUAAUUUAUUCUCACUCCAAGUCUUGGUCAUUUGUGAAAAACAUCUGGUCUUUGAAUCAUUAGAACCUAGACGCCAGUGUAGUAAGAACACGCUGUGAAAAAGCAUCAGGUUUGAUGUGAUGGAGAAAGUCAUGCCCCUGUGUAUGUCGUGUCUAGCACACACUCCAUGUGCUUACUAGGAUGCCUUACCUAGUUCCCAGGUUGGAUUCUAAUAACUUUGAAAUGUAGUGUGCUUUUAUAACCAGAAGUUUUAAAGAUCACCACACUUUACAGUGGUAAUGUCUCUCCAAAGAACUGCUCAGCAGAAUAAUAUCUCAGUAUUAGAGAUCAAAGUAAUUUCUAGUAAAGCCUAAAUCAAGACUGCAAAUAAAUAUUUUAAAAUAGUUUCAGGAAAAGCGUCCUAUUUUCUACACAAAUAAAUAGUUGUUAAAAUAUUUCUUUUAAAGCUAGACUUAGAAAAGAGAACAAAAAAGUGUGGGCCUUAGCUACUUCGGUUUUUAAAUUUGGUAUAGCUAGUUCAAAGGAUUUUACUUAAGAAACUUUGGUAGAAAAUGCAUUUACAGAGACUAUUCCGUAGCUGUAUUCACAUCACAGAGUGUCACUAUGACAAUAAUAACAUCUUGUUUAAAAUGUUAAAGCUAGCAUUAAAACAGUUCAAUGUUGGGAUAUAUAUCAGUAAACUUUUAAGUUAGUAAAAUUUUAAGUACAUGUACUACAUACAUGUAAGCUACAUUGUAACAAAGUGAAAAAUGAGUACAUAGCAGAUUUUUUUCUGACUUUGUUGUUUUAAUACUAGCACUUAGGAGGCUGAGGAGAAGGACCAGUGAGGCUAGCCUGAGCUACAUAGUGAGUUCCAGUUCAGCCCUAGGCUACAGAUGUCUCAGAGCACACAUGCUAAAAUGAAUGAACUUUCAAGGUAUAAGGGGAAAAGGCCUGACUCAAGCUGUAAAUGAUGAAACUUAGAACUUAGCUUAGUAAUAAAAGAAAAAAAUCAUAAUUAUAUAUUUAAUGUAUAAAAGUUAUCCCUACUCCAACACAGUCUACAUACGCUAAUGGCUUUUUAUAUUACAACCAGAUGCUAGUCUAUUAAAAGCCUCAAAUAGAAAUGACCCAUUCUCUUACUGUCAAACAACUUUUUCUGUUUGUGUGUUGUUUGUGGUGCUGCGGAUCAAGGCCAGGCCCUCCAGCACCUUAGGCAAGUCUGUCCCCACCUUGGCUUCUCACACUGCCUUCACCAGCAGCUGGCAUGAACUCUUGUUUUCCUCUCCACUGCUGUCUGUCAUCCUCUGGGCUUCUAAUAAUUACACAUGCUACAAAAGUAUAAAUGCUCAGAUUUGAUUUGAUGCUAAACCUUUGCACAAAGCACUUCUUUUUCACAUUGAUAAAAAAAACCUCCUUCUCCGGCAUUUCACUCCUGCCACAAACAUGUUAUUGUAACAAGGCCGUGUUUCUAAAAUAUACAUUGAAAGUAAAUCUAAAAAUUUAUGUGCCAUAUGUACAAUUCACUUGUAAAACUUUGUUUAGCCCUCAGUUCAGAGGCACUGAUGUCCAAAGAACUGUUAGGAUACCAGAGAUGAAAGGAAAAUCACUCUCAACAGCUUGUGAAAUACAACAUUGGAAAUGAUUCUCUGAGACAGUAUAGAAUAUGGCUUGCAUGGGACAUCAUAGUUCUCUGGGAAAAUGAGCUGUUGACACUCCUUUGGGUCAUCAUCCAAGAUAGGAGGCAACCACAAGGAUUUAGCGGGUACAUUUAUCCCCAAGGCCUUUAUCCUUUCCAUUUCAAUGUAGAAACAUUGUCAUUGAACAGUGUCACUAACAUGGCCCACUCCACCUUCUCAAGAGCCUUACCUUUAAAAGGGAAGAGGAGGGAAACCGAGUAAGUGGUAACGCAAGUGUUCUAAGAGGUGUUCAUUAUUCGAGUACCACAUAGCACAAGCCAUUCUCCCCUCUAUAUUACUUUCAGAAAUAGAAUCGCACUGUUAGUUGUUGAGCAAUCAGCUUUGAAACCUUAACUGAAUAAAUCAAUCCUGUGUUACUUACUAGUAGCUAAUCACAAAAUCCUAAUGUUUGUCCUGAAAACAACUGGCAACAUUUUAGGUUCUUUCUCUCUUUAGAGGAAAUGACUGAGGCAAAGGGAAAAGCAGAACUGUGAUAAAUUCAUUAAGGGCAUAACUAAGACUCACACAUAGACCCUUUCUUAUAAAUGGUGGCAAAAACAAAAAACAACAAAAACAAAAACAAAAAAACCAAAAAACAAAAGCAGCAAACUUUUUGACUGAAACUGGAAUGAUACUAUCUAGGGCUGACUGUAGGAAAGGUUCCCACAAAGCAUUGUACAGACCUAGGACUAACAAAUACCCUGCUGCUUUGAACCCCCCUCUCCUCCCCAAAAGACAAAGGCACAAUGAAAUAGAAGCUUACCACCGGUAGCUUUCAUAGCUUUCAAAACGACAAACUAGGCAAACUCUACAUCUCCACCACUCCAAUUUUGUCAGAAUGCUAAUGAGCUUGCUCUGAUCUUUACUCGGCUUCCCGUGUUUUCUACAUCUUCAAGGACCACAUGGUGCUAGCAAAAUAAAGACAACUAAAUGAGAAUUUCGAAUGCUUUUUGUGUUAGGACCUGGUGCUUUUCAGUGGACGCACUCGUUGAAUAUUCUCAACUUAAAAGAGUACAACAGGGGGUUGGGUAUGAACUUUUUAGCAGGAGGAAA